GAGAUGCGGGUUAUGGAGCGCACCUUCCGAGAGCAGCUCUUCUUCCUGGUGUUGAGCCUGUCUGUCCUCAAGGGAGACACCAGAUACAUCGAGAACAACGAGAUUUCAAAAGAUGAAUUAUUUUCAUUUUUCAACUCGGAGCUCAAGAGAGAAACACCUGAGGAAUUCAUUUACCGUCGACCCUUAAGGUGUCUGGACAUGGUGGCAGUGGAGGGUCAGUUCACCUUCACAGCAGAGCGUCCUCAGCUCAGCUGCGCUGUUUUCUUCAUGGCUGAGCCCAACGAAGUGAUCAGUGUGGAUUAUGACAAUGUUGACAUCGACUGCAGGGCAGGGGACUUCAUCACGGUGUUUGACGGCUGGGUGAUGAAGGGAGAGAAGUUCCCCAGCUCCCAGGAUCACCCUCUGCCUCUGUACGAGCGCUAUGUGGAUUACUGUGACUCUGGAUCUCUGAGGAAAAGCGUGCGCUCCUCUCAGAACGUGGCCAUGGUCUUCUUCCGCAUUCACAACGCCGGCAGCAGCUUCACCCUAACAGUCAGGAAACACAUCAACCCUUUCCCCUGUAAUGUCAUCUCCCAGUCACCAGAGGGCAGUUACACUAUGGUGAUCCCGCAGCAGCACAGGAACUGCAGCUUCUCCAUCAUUUAUCCUGUGGCCAUCGACGUCUCCGAGUUCAGCCUGGGGCACUACAACAACUUUCCUAAGAGGGCCAUGCCUGGGUGUGCAGAAUCAGGGGAUUUCGUGCAGCUGCUGGGAGGAAGUGGCAUCGACACAUCGAAGCUGCUGCCCAUCACAGACCUCUGCAUCUCCUUCACUGGACCCACCCACAUGAAGAUCGGCUGUGAUAACACCGUGGUGAGGAUGGUGUCCAGCGGGAACUACGUCAGCAGAGUGUCCUUCAGCUACAGAGUACUGGACAGCCAGGAGCUGCAGACCAUCAAACUCAACAACGUGGAGGAUUUCUGUUUCAACAACUGAUCCCUGCAGGACCACAAAGUGACAAAUGUAUCAUUUGACCGCAAACAUUUUAUCCCAAUUAUUUUAUCAAUAAAACAAGACAUCCACCUCAGUCAGGCUCUCUGAUUGGACAACAUUGCCUGAAUCCAGAGAUAUAGACAGAAAAGUGAAUAAUAAUAUAAACAAACACAUUCAUUUAGACUACCACAUUUACUGGACUUCAGUUUUUGUUUUUAUUCUUUCAGAUUUAGCUUGAAGAAGUGUCCUUUUGCUUUCACUUUUGCUUUUUGUACAAUUGUGUGUAUUUAUCAUGUUUUAUUGUUGUAAUGUUACACAUGGUCAACAUUCUUGUAAAGGAGUGAUUCUGAAAUGAACGUCACAUCUGUUCAUUUUUCUGUAUCAUUUUGUCAUAUCCUGCCACUGAUGAUGCAGAGGGCAUUUCAAUGUUCAAUAUAAUAAAUACAAGUGUCCA